AGAGUCUUCUAGGCCAUUAUGGCAGUCAAGUGGACUGGUGGACAUUCUUCUUCUGUUCUUUGCCUGAGUGGAAGUAAAGAAGGGCUAGUGGCUUCUGGAGCAGAGGGUGGAGAUCUCACAGCUUGGGGUGAAGAUGGGACUCCAUUAGGACACGUGCAGUUCCAAGGGGCUGAUGAUGUUACCAGUGUCUUAUUUUCUCUCUCCUGCCCCACCAAGCUCUAUGCUGCACAUGGAGAAACUAUUAGCAUACUGGAUGUCAGAUCCCUCAAAGGUUCCCUGGACCAUUUUCAUGUGAAUGAAGAAGAAAUCAAUUGUCUUUCAUUGAAUGAAACUGAGAACCUGCUGGCUUCUGCUGAUGACUCUGGGACAAUCAAGAUCCUAGACUUGGAAAAUAAGAAAGUUAGCAGAUCCCUGAAGAGACAUUCCAAUAUCUGUUCCUCUGUAGGUUUUCGACCUCACAGACCUCAGAGCCUGGUGUCAUGUGGAUUGGAUAUGCAGGUGAUGCUAUGGAAUCUUCAAAAAGCCCGGCCACUCUGGAUUACAAAUUUACAGGAGGAUGAGACAGAAGAAAUGGAAGGCCCAGGAUCACCGGGUCAGCUCUUAAACCCUGCUCUAGCCCACUCUGUCUCUGUGGCAUCAUGUGGCAAUAUUUUUAGUUGUGGUGCAGAAGAUGGUAAGGUUCGAAUCUUUAGGGUGACGGGAGUCAAGUGUGAACAGGAACUGGGAUUUAAGGGCCACACUUUAGGGGUAUCCCAGGUCUGCUUUCUGCCAGAAUGCUAUUUGCUGCUUACUGGAGGUAAUGAUGGGAAGAUAAGGUUGUGGGAUGUAAGCAGUGAAGUUGAGAAAAAACAGAAGAGCCCUAUGAAACAUAUCCACAGAAAGAAAACUAGAAGAGGAACCUACACUAAGCAGGGUGGAAGUACUAAUGCUUCAGUAACAGAUGAGGAAGAACAUGGCAAAAUUUCACCAAAGCUAAAUAUUGAACAUGGAGAAAAAGUGAACUGGCUCUUGGGUACAAGAAUAAAGGGACACCAAAAUAUAUUAGUAGCCGAUCAAACUAGUUAUAUAUCUGUUUAUCCCUUAAAUGAAUCUUAAAUUCAAUAAAAACAUUUGAAGAA